AUGCCAGAGGCGGACCCUCGAUUGAUUUUUUUCUACGCACUACAACCCAUUGGGGAAGAGGUAACUCCGUGCUGCUUUGCGGUAUUUAGACGAAAUUAUAAUUACAAACAUUGGGUCAUGUUUAGAGGCCAGCUUUGGGCGAAUCGGCAGUGUAGCUAA